CAGUGUCUCCAGUGUUUCCCGGACGCGUGCAGUCAUCGAGGGGGUCUGGCAGCGGCGGGACUUUCACCUGCAUAAUGCGCAAGACGGCAAGACUGGUCGCUUCUCUGACUUGAAUGACUGGGAGCGAUAUGUUGUGCCGGGAAGUGAUGCACUGAGUUUGGUGUGAUACUAAGUUGUAGUCGUGGAGUGGCAAACAAGCAAGUGUCGGAUUGUGCCGAACUUUCCCAGCGGCUCGACCUUCCCUGCUGAUGAACAAUCAGAUAAUCCAUCCAACCACAGAAGUAAAAACACCGUGCAUUCCCUCUCUUCUCUUGCUUAUAAAGUAGGAGCACACACUCGGAAUCCACCACGGGCAUUUCUUCCCUUCAAUCAUAUUCAACCUCUUGCAUCCAACAUAAUGAGUUCUUCUACUGUGUGGAAAGUAGGUAUUGUCGGCUACGGCUUCAGUGCCAAGAUCUUCCACAUUCCCUUCAUCCAACGCUCGUCCAACUUCAGGCUCCAUGCUGUUGUUCAGCGCAAUCCCAGUCCCGGCAAUGAUGUGACAGUAGACUUUCCAGGGGUUGUAUCAUACCAAUCGGCUGAAGACAUGGUGCAAGACUCAACGAUCGACGUGAUCGUUAUCACAACUCCCCCGAAUACACAUUUCCACCUCACAAAACUAGCUCUAGAUGCUGGAAAGCAUGUUGUCUGCGAGAAGCCAUUCACACCCACAUCGGCGGAGGCGGAGGAACUGGUGACGCUUGCCAAGAACCAGGAGCGAGUCCUGGCUGUGUUCCAAAAUCGACGCUGGGACGCCGACUUUGCCACCGUCUCCAACCUCAUUGAAAGCGGCACCCUGGGCCGAAUUGUCGAGUUCGAAACCCACUACGACCGCUAUCGCCCCGAGCAGCCCACGAAUGGAAGCUGGAAGAACCAGGUGAUGGCUGGCCACGGUGCGAUCUACGAUCUGGGAAUACACCUGCUGGACCAAGCGGUGCAGCUCUUCGGGCUUCCUGCGCGAGUGACUGGAGUCGUGGGUAGCCAGCGCGAGCACACCCCGGCCGGGUUGGAGGAUGCAUUCACGGUCCUGCUGCAUUACCCGGGUCUUCUGGUUACCGCGAAAUCCACAGUUGUGAGUGCAGAGGAGGACCAAUUGCGGUUCUGGGUCCGUGGCGACAAGGGCAGUUACAAGAAGUUUCAUGUGGACAUCCAAGAAGAACAACUGUUGGCAGGUAUGCGACCUGGGGACAGUGGAUUUGCGGAGGAGCCAUCGGAGCGAUUUGGAACUCUCGUGACAGUCAAGGACGGACGGCCUUCUAAAUCAGCAUUUCCGACCGACAAACCCCCGACAUAUGUGGCAUUCUAUCAGACUCUGGCUGAUGCCCUUGCUGGCGCAUGCAGGCCUGCUGCCUCGGGCGAGGAAGCGCGCAACACGAUUCGCAUCAUUGAAUUGGCACGAGAGAGCUCGACGCUUGGAAGAACGCUGGACUUCUAGAAAGUGAAACUAGC